AUGAACUCCAAAGAAGAAAUCAAAAAGCUGAACUCUUCCAGCAUCUCCAGCUCUGCAGCUGCAGCUUCCGAAGGAGCCAUUCGCCGCCGCCGGGCCCCCCAAGACGCAGCAGCAAAGGCGGAUGCUGCAGCAGAAGAGGCAGCUGCGAGGGCCCCCAGCAGCAGCAGCAAGAGGCGGCUUUCCGCUGUCGCCCCAGAAGAGCAGCUCAGCAGCAGCAGCAGCAGCAACAGCAGCACAGGGAUAGAAGAGAAAGCUGCAGCCCCAGACACAGUGGGAGCAGCGCCGGGCGGAAGCCAAAAUGAAAGCAGCAAAGAACCACCAGCAGCAGACACCAGCAAGGCCUCUUGCAAACAGGAACAGCAGCAGCAGCAGCAGCAGCAGCAGCAGAGAGUGUCUCGCUUGCUCAUAGAAAUAACGCCGCAGAUCCGCAGCUUCAUAGAAAGCCAUGUGCCUGCGAAGCAGCGCAGCAGCUUAGUGGUGAAAGGCGCAGCAGAUCUGGACGUGCUGCAGCGCUGGGUCAAAGCAGCAAACGAAAAGGCCGGCAAGAAUGGCCCCAAAGUGAACAUGGCGGAGCUUGUCGAGGACUCGCACCUCGUGGAACGGAUAGAGCCCCCUCCUGUGCCGCUGGAGUCUCUGAGUUUCAAAGAGCGGCUGAGACUGAUGGCGGACGAGAGGAGACACCAGGCAGCCAUUAAGAGUUUGUGGGGAGAAAAAAAAGAUGCUGAAGACUGUUUUGCGGACCUAAACCGCAGCCUCGCAAUGGGAGUCAAUGCACUCAUUGGAAUCUUCUUGACUUUCCUCGGAGGCUACUGGGCAGCCCUGUACAGCGGCGUGAGGGCCUUCGAAACGGUGGGCCCCAGAAGAGGAGCUUUGCUGCUUAUAAAUUUCCUGCAGCAACUUUCCGUAACACCUGCUGCUCCGCAGCAGCAGCAGCAGCAGCAGCAGCAGCAGGAGUGUGAGUGUGUGCUGCAGCGCAUCAUCGUGGGCCUGGUGUGUUCACUUGUGUGUUUGGUGGUGGAGGUUUUGCUGUUUAUACUUCACGACGAGCGGCAGCGCAAGAAGGCGCGGCGGGGAGGGGUGACUUUGGGGCGGGGCUGCUCCGGAUCUUGA